GUCACGUGCGUAAUAGCGUUCACGUAGAGGGAAGAAUCUGGUAGUGGAUAGCUCCGUUGUUUUGGGGGUUUAGGCAACAAUCCGUCUCAAUCCUUCUCUUUUAACGUCGAUUGUGUUCUCGAAACCGACGGGAACAUUAACUUUACAGCUGAAACUAUCGGAAUCCAUCGAAAUUGUUUGUGGCAUUUUCUCAGGAACGCGAAAAAGGGAUGGUGAAAUUUCGAUUCGACUCCGACACUGAAUCCGGGAUUCGGGGGGUAAGAGGGAGGUUAAACUGAGGGGGGUUGUAAAUCAAUUAGUGUAGGUGGGAUUUUUUUAUUGAGGGUUGGUGGACGACAGUGUAAUCCGCGGACUCUCUGUUUUUUAUCAGAAUUGAAAGGAUAAAAGCCACGUCAAAAACAGCGAAAUGGAACUAAGAGUAGGGAACCGAUACCGACUGGGGAGGAAAAUUGGAAGCGGAUCCUUCGGUGACAUCUAUUUAGGCACUGAUAUUUCAGUUGGCGAAGAAGUCGCCAUCAAGUUGGAAUGCGUGAAGACCAAACACCCCCAGCUCCACAUCGAGAGCAAGAUCUACAAGAUGAUGCAAGGAGGAGUGGGCAUUCCAACGAUAAAGUGGUGCGGUGCUGAAGGAGAUUACAAUGUGAUGGUGAUGGAGUUGCUGGGACCCAGCCUUGAGGAUCUCUUCAACUUCUGUUCCCGCAAGUUCAGCCUCAAGACAGUUCUUCUGCUGGCUGAUCAGAUGAUCAGUCGCAUCGAGUACAUCCACUCCAAGAACUUCAUCCACAGAGAUGUGAAGCCUGAUAACUUCCUGAUGGGUUUGGGGAAAAAAGGGAAUCUGGUUUACAUUAUUGAUUUUGGCCUCGCCAAAAAGUACCGUGAUGCACGCACACACCAGCACAUCCCUUACCGUGAGAAUAAAAACCUGACUGGCACUGCCCGCUACGCUUCCAUCAACACACAUUUAGGAAUCGAGCAGUCAAGACGUGACGACCUGGAGUCGCUGGGCUAUGUUCUCAUGUAUUUUAAUUUGGGCUCCCUGCCAUGGCAGGGACUCAAAGCUGCCACCAAGAGGCAAAAAUAUGAACGAAUCAGUGAGAAGAAAAUGUCCACUCCUAUUGAGGUGCUGUGCAAGGGAUACCCAUCUGAGUUUGCCACCUACUUAAACUUCUGUCGCUCCCUGCGGUUCGAUGAUAAGCCGGACUACUCGUAUUUGCGACAGCUCUUCAGGAACCUCUUUCACAGACAGGGCUUCUCUUACGACUACGUGUUUGACUGGAACAUGCUCAAGUUUGGGGCCAAUCGUGCCGCUGAGGAAGCAGAGCGAGAACGUCGGGACAGAGAGGACAGACUGAGACACGGAAGAAACCCAGGAGCCAGAGGAGUUCCGGCAGCAUCAGGCCGACCUCGGGCAGCCCAGGAAGGAGCCCCGCCCACACCGCUGACCCCGACGUCUCACACGGCGUCCCCCCGUCAAGCCUCUGGUAUGGAGCGCGAGCGUAAAGUGAGCAUGAGGUUACACCGCGGGGCUCCAGUCAACGUUUCCUCUUCAGAUCUAACAGGACGGCAAGAUGCUUCGCGCAUGUCCACCUCCCAGAAUAGCAUUCCCUACGAGCAUCACGCCAAGUAGACGCUCGCCAUGUUCUAGUGUGACAGUAUCAACACUGGAUGGUGUCCGGUGUGUUGCCUGCUGGCCUCCAUCCUCUGACUCCACGAUGAUGAGCCUGCAGUUGCCAUAGAAACCAGCUGAUUGUCCACCUCACUCCCCCCUCCCCCGUCUCUUACUCUCCCUCCCCAGUCCCCCCCAAAGCUCCUGUUGGACCUCAGGAUAGUUUCUUCCCACAUGGACCGGAGAUGUUUGGACAAACCUCCACACUGCCCCCUGUCAGAUACACGCGAUGACUCUAUGGAGAGUCUCCUCCCUGCUGACCCAGCCUUCCUGUCUGGGACUAAACAAAUCCCCAACUUCCCUCCACUGUCUUGCUUUCUCCAAUACAGGCUUUCCACGUUAGCUCGCACCAAGGUCAGACCCAUGCUCUAAAUGGUACAUCAUGUGUACAGAUUCAACACACAACUACGUGAUCUAAACACCCAGUCAUUUCAGGAGUCCCUCCUGAGGUGAGCUGGACGACGGCUCGACCUGCCGGAGAACCAUAAGCUCUGAGCUGUAUCUGAGCUACAUGUUUUUUCACAGAUCCAGCAGUUCCCAGGUUCUGGUGGUCUGUCCGGUGAGCCCGGCACCCUCUCUGGUGUUGUACAGAACAAGUGCACUUUAUGUAGAGGGCCGGAGCGUCAUUUGAUACAAUUGACCAGAUUUCUAUUCACUGUGUACAGAAAAAAAAACAUUUUUUGUAUUAUUUCCAAGCUGUGAAAUACUAGUAAUAGAGAAGUGUAAAUAGAGUUUUGUUAUUUUCCACCAACCUUCAGUCGAUCAUCGGUCUGCCCUUAUUGGAUCAUGAGUCACCUGAGACUUUGGAGCAGUGCCGCAGGCCAUGUGGAGAAGCAUCUGUACAGAACUCUUUGCUGUUGUUAGAAGGUUUCGGUGUGUCAAGAUGAAGCAGACUGCGGAGCUGACGCCACUGAAGGUGUGUCCUGCCAGUCUUAAGAAAUGCAGUUUAUGUAGGAGGGAGGCUUGACUGCCACUUUUGUCCAAAUGGAACAUUCUGCAGCAUUAUUUUAAACUUUUUGGUUUUCCAAUCAUUAACUCUUUCACUCAUGGAUUCUAUCAACCAUGCUUUCUGUCACCUUUGUAUUUGUCCAAGUGUAAAUAAAUUGUAACUACAU